UUUGAUUUCUUAUUGCUUAUAGCAAUGACGCCAAUGGACAUCCAACAAAAGCUGAACCAAUACAGGUAUCAUUUCAUCGUAACGAUUCUCGUCUCGUCGAUCGUCGCCGUUCUAUCGUAUGCGGCCCCGAGUCUGCUCACCGUUCUGGCCUACUUUUGGCCUCUUUUUGCUUCUACGACCGUGUUGUUGUUGGUGAUUGUGGUUUUCGGUGGUGCUUCGCAGCUAACGACUGAAGAUCACGGUGAAAAAGCCGGCGAAGGACUGCUGGACUAUGUUGCGGCUGCCCGGCCGGAGCAUAUGGAUGAGGAACCUCGGAGAUUUGAUUGAACGACAAAGACAUGGUCCGGCCUCGUUUGCAUUGCCUGAUACAAAAUCCGUAAUUCUUCUUUAACUUUCC